AUGUUUGGUGAGAGAUCUUUUCUUCAAGAUUCAGAUAGUUCGUUUGAAAUUGAGCCUGACAAUGCAUAUUUUGCAAUAGUUGGGAAUAAGCAAGAAGAAGAAAAUUCGUCAAGGUUUGCCCAUAAAUUCACCCAUCAUAGCUCUGUAGAACUCAACGAAACACCUAUCAAAACUAUACCUCUUGCAAUGAAUUAAGCUUUCCUAUCUAUUAAUGCUAUAUGAAAUAGAGAAAAGGCAACUCAAGGAAUUUUUAUAUUUAUUAUAAUAAGCAUAAAACUGCUUCUCAAGAGAUUUCUGAAGACUUUAAUUUCAAACGUAGCAUUCGAGUGUCAAAAUCAUUAAACAAUUCAGCACAAAAAUUACCUCCAAACGGGUCGAGUUUUAAUACAAAUCAAGUUGAUACUUCCGAGAGUUGCAGAAGACAAUCCAGUAUAAUUGAGGCUUCUAAAAAAAGCGCCAUAAAUAGAACUGAAAUGAUGAGAAAUCAAAAAUCAAGACUUUUAGGGAGGACAGGGCUCAGCAAAGUGAUAGCAAAUGAAAUGCAAUUUCCUGGGAACAAAUUUUCUUUUUAUAAUGGUUGUGAAGGUAUUCAGCCACAUCCUCCGAAUAUUGUGAAAAAAAGUAAUGAUAUCGUGUUUGUAACAAAUGCUAACAGAAUUGGACUGCAAAGUGCAAAGGUAACACCAAAGCAUGAUAUUAUUGGUUUCAAAAAUUUUGAUCAUGAACUAGAUACAAUUGUGCUGGAUGAUACAAAACCAAAACUACAUAGAAAAACUGAGAAUAGUAUGCCAGUAUCUAUUACUAGUGGCAUGAAAUGUCUCAGUGCUGACUGUACCAUCUCACAGGUUGAGAUUAAUUUUGAAAUUCCUAAAACACCGAUUCAAGAAAAAGAGUUGCCAGUUAUUCACAGAGACCCCGAUAGCUCUUUGCUUGAUUUAUCAUCAAUAAGCAUCAACGAAAGAAGCUUAUACACGCCUAUUAAUGAAGAAAAUAGCCAAAGCUACACUAGAAGAUCCUCACUCCCCCCCCCUUAAAUUGGAACAAAAUAUAAGUAAAAUUUCCACUUUUUUGGUAAAUUAAACCCCCUUUAAAUGGAACAAAAUUUAAUUUUAUAAUAAAAAAUUAUAGAUAAUUUUUAUCUAAAAAGUUUUGGUAUAAGUUAAAUGUUUUUUCUUAACUAAAAUUAAAAAUUUAGUUAUAUCUUGCUCUUUUUUAAAGAAAAAAGUAUAAAGAGCAUCUUAUUUAAAUAAAUUUAUUAUCCUUAAUUGCUAAAUUUUAAAAAAAAAUUAUUUUUUUUUUUUUAAAAAUUUUUGUUAUUUUUGAUAAAAAUAAUAUUUUUUAUUUGGAUAGUUUUGAUAUAAAUUCAAUAGGAAUUCUUUAUAAAAUUUCAAAAUGUACUAUUUCUUGCUUUAUUUUAAAGAAUAGAGUAUAAAAUAGUCUCUAUUUAAACAAAAUUAGCACUUUGAUCGAUAAAUUUUCUAAAAUUUUUUUUUUAAUUUUUUUUAUCAAUAUAAAAAUUAUAAUUUUUGUGUAAAUAAUUUUGAUACCAAUUAAUAGUGGCGUAUUAACUAAUAAUGAAAAUUUAGUUAUAUCUUGCUUUGUUUUAAAGGAUAAAGAGUAAAUAGCAUUUUAUUAAACAAAUUUAUUGAUCUAAUUCGAUAAGUUUUUGAAAUUUGUUUUUUUAAAUCUUUAUAUAUUUUAUAAAAAAAUUUAUAUUGAUAUUUUUUUUUAAAAAAAAAAUUAACCCCCUCUUUAAAUUGGAACUAAAUUUUUAGUUCCAAUUUAAAGGGGGGGAGUCAGAAUCCACCACACGCCCAAUUCCGAGAAAAGUGGAAAUUACAAAAAUUCCAACCAACCCUACAAGAGAAUUUAUUUUAAGCAAAAUGAUAGACUUAAAAGCAUUUGUGACAAGGCCAGUUCCAAAAGGAAUAACUUUACAAUGCUCCAUUAAAAGAGUCAAUACAGGGAUAGCACGAUUUUAUCCGAAAUAUUAUUUAUAUUUUACAGAAGGCUGAAAGUUUUUAUUAGCAGCCAAAAAAAGGGCCGGAAAUAGAACAGCAAAUUAUAUGUUGACGAUUGAUGAAAAUAAUUUUUCUGUAAAAUCAAAUGCUUAUUUAGGAAAACUAAGGUCAAAUUUUAUUGGAAAUGAGUUUGUUUUAUAUGAUACAGGAAAGAACCCAAAAUCAAAAGGAGCGACAUCUGCCAAUGUCAGGGAAGAGCUUGGAGCUGUCUUAUAUGUAAAUUGUAUUUAGGAAUCUAAUAUAAUGGGCCCCAAAGCCCCACGAAAAAUGACAGUGUUAAUCCCUGAAGUGGAUUCUUCUACACGUGUAGUCUGGAAACCAAUGAAGGUAAUCUUUAUUUAGACAGAAGAUUCAAUGGUUUCGCACUAUGGAACGAGCUAUUUAAGCGGUUUAAGCAAGUUCAUCAAUAAGCCUCCAUCAUGGAAUGAGUGUAAUUUUUAGUCAGUUUCGAACUCUUACCAUUUGAAUUUCAGUCAAAAAGCCAUUGCAAGUGUAAAAAAUUUUCAGAUUAUCAGCGAGCUAAACGAAAACAAAAUUUUACUUCAGCUUCUUCGCAUUGGAGACCAGCAUUUUAGCUUUGAGAUUGAGUACCCAUUUUCUCCUCUCCAAGCAUUUGGAGUCGCUAUAAGUAGUUUUGACAAUAAAUUAUGUACUGAAUAA